AUGGUUAGUUGGAGCGGAGUUGAGGAACAAGAAAGAUCAUUGGCAAAUGCAGCGCAUUCAAAAGAGGCCUUUGAGGAAUUGGAUGAUGUUCGGUCAUUGGUUGUCCAGGUCAAUACCGCUUCAUAG